AUGUAGGAAAGUCAUCUUUAUAUUAGAGAUAUGAUUAAGGAAAGUUUAUUAACUCUCUUAAUUUAAGCGUCCUCGAUUUUUACUCAAAAACUAUUAAGUUAGGAGAGGAACAAAUUAAAUUUUAAUUUUGGGAUUAUCAAUCUUGCCAAAGAGAAGUUUCUUUAUCACAAAUUUUUUAUAAAUAAUGCUCAAUAGUUAUGA